AGCAAACGAUUGAGCCGUGCUAGUAUCAGUCCGCUCUCAAACCUUUUAAACAAGGCAUGGCGUUGAUAGUUUGAACGGUUCGAAUCUGGAUUAUACUCGGACAUAUCAGAACAUUUAAAUGGAGUGCUUCAUUUGGAUACUCGCGCUUCUGUCGUGUCUAAGAUAUAGUAGCGCAACAUGUUUAUGCGAUUUCGACGAAGGCAGAGAUUUCUGUGAUUGGACCAACACAAAUAGUUCGGCGUUGUCAUGGAAACUUGGACGCGGACGCUCGGACGAUCGCAUGUCCGGUGUUCAAAGUGACCAUACCUGUAAAAACUCGCAAGGGCAGUACAUGUAUAUAGCAGGACAGGACGCUAUGGCCCCAGGUGAGGUCGCGAUCAUUGAAAGUCCAAUCCUGACCUUGACAAAUGAAGACAGUCUCUACUUCUGGUACACAAUGAACGGCUUUGGUACCGGAAGCCUAAGUGUAAUCAGGGUUGAAGCGAAAGAAAACGCGACGGAAGUGUUAUGGUCGAAAUCGGGACAUCAGAAUAGUGAAUGGUUGCGUGGCAAUGUGACACUGAAACCAGGGGUUUUCACCUUAGAGUUCAAGGCCACGGUGCGACUUCCAAUAGCUAGCGAUAUUGCCAUUGACGACGUUUAUCUCCAGACUGAAACUCAACGUUUUAAAUAUGAUAACAGGACCUACUGCUCUGUGCAGACGACCACGACAGCGCAGGCCCAUCCGACAACGGUCCCCGCCACGACAGUGACCGUCCAAACUUCCGCCCGGACUACGACCGUACCGCCAUCGUGCACUGACAAGUUUAAAGACGCCGUCACGCUUCCUGGGUCAUGUGACUACGAGAAUGGCACGUGCGGGAUGACGGUCACACCAAAUACAACUGCCCCGAACGUUCGGUGGUUGAGGACCUCCGGUUCCCAUGGAAGCGCAAAAGACAAAAAUAACUAUAUUCUUGGCGAUCACACAUUGGUUUGGAACGGGACUGCGAGCGGGUUUUACAUGGGCUUCCAAGAAUGCGGUUGGUUUUGCUUUUUGAAUCCCUAUUACUCGACCCAAAUGGAGACGGUGCCAGUCUACACGAGUCCCAUAUGCCUGUCGUUCUGGUACAUCCUUCCGGGACCGGGCUCCAACCUGGAGGUGCUUGUGCGGGAAUUCACAGGGGUACUGCACAGUGUCUGGUCUCAACGCAACACGUCCGACCACGGCUGGCGUCUGGCAUCCCUGUCCAUAACCGCAGAUCCACCGUAUACGGUUGUGUUCCAAACAAUGAAUCAACCGUUGAAGAUUUCGGUCGGUAUUGAUGACGUCAUAAUGGAGGCUUCAAACAUAACCCUCGAGUACUAUAAAGAUAUUGCAGCGUCCAUGGUGUCACUUGGCAACCGUACGUCGCCAGCGUCUGUUACCUUGCCGAUCACCAUGACUACAGAGUAUCCAAUAACAACAACGGACCUUCCGACAGAGAAAGUUUUCUGCGACUUCGACGAGGAACGGGAGUUCUGUAACUGGAAAGGUCACAACGCGUCAUCGACGUCGUUUACGUGGAAUCUCCGGCGCGGGAAAUCUGAAGACCGGAUAUCAGGAGCGAAAUACGAUCAUACAUGUCUCAAUGAGCAAGGAUCCUACAUGUAUAUAGCAGGCAGGGACGCUAUCGCCUCAGGUGAGGUCGCGAGCAUUGAAAGUCCGAUUCUUACCUUAAAAAGGGAAGAUAAUCUCUUCUUCUGGUAUACAAUGAACGGUUUCGGUACCGGAAAUCUAAGUCUUAUCCGGGUAGAAGCAGACGAUAACGCUACGACAGUGUUAUGGUCGAAAUCAGGACAUCAGAGCCGUGAUUGGUUACAAGGCCACGUGACCUUGACACCUGGAACCUUCACCUUAGAGUUUCAAGCCACAGUACGGCUACCGGUUGCCAGUGACAUCGCAUUAGAUGAUGUCUAUCUUGAGUCCGAAUAUCAAAUUUUCACUAAGUCCAAUAGAACAUAUUGUACAUACGUUACAACAACAACACCCACCACCGUAACAACCACGACGACACUAGCCACAACGAGGUCAUCCAAGACCACCAAAGUGCUCGCCGGUACUACGAGGUCUCAGUCCAUCUGCAGGGACAAGGUCAGGGACAUCGUCACCCUCCCGGGGUCAUGUGACUUCGAGAAUGGCAGGUGUGGAAUGACCGUAACAGCCAAUGAGAGCGUGAAGACAGUUACGUGGCUAAGAAAAGCAAACCAUGGCAGUAAACAAUACCUAGAUGGCUUUAUAAGUGGUGACCAUACCCAUGAAAGAGAAAACGCCACUGGAUUUUACAUGGAUUUCCAAGCAUGCGGAGUAUUUUGCGUUUUUAAACCCCUCUACUCGACCCGAAUGGAGACGGUGCCAGUCUACACGAGUCCCAUAUGCCUGUCGUUCUGGUACAUCCUUUCGGGGCCGGGCUCCAACCUGGAGGUGUUUGUGAGGGAAUUCACAGGGGCACUGCACAGUGUCUGGUCUCAACGCAACACGUCGGAUCACGGCUGGCGUCUGGCAUCGAUGUCCAUUACCGCAGACCCGCCGUAUACGAUAGUAUUCCAGACAGUCAACCAGCAGAAUAGCAUCUCUGUCGGAGUGGAUGACAUCGUAAUCCAUGCCUCAAACAUCAGUAUUGAGUAUUACAAAAUGCUAGCCGGAUAUGCAUCAUCAUCCUCAACCAUAGCAACAACAACCACGAUAAACCGAACAUCACAGGUAACUAGCGGAAGUUCACAGCCAACAGUAUUCACUGACGUCUCGAGAGCGUUCACAACUGUGACAGAAAUUCCAGUUACUGGCGAAAUAAGUUCUUCAUCCUCAACAUUCGAGACCACUGCGAACUGGGUCCCAUCUACGUCGAGUCAGACGAUGCCAAAGGAAACGAAAUCCACACUCGCCACUACGAAAAAGCCUGUUCCGACAACAAAAAGUGAAGACAAUAAGCUUGGUAAAAGCGAUGAACAAAGGUCUGAGCAGAAGUCGACGGUGCAGUUGGUUGGCUACAGUGUGGGUGGGUUAGUAGGGUUAGUGGCCAUUGUGGUGUUGAUUUACUUCAUAUUAAAGAUGAGGACAAAGCUUACCGGAUCUAUCCCGGCCGAUUUACCUCUAGAUACACUGGAAAAGAAUACGCCUAUUGUGCAAGUGUACUCAAAUUUGGCGUACGUAGGCACCAACGGACACGCAUUUAAUGGUGACGUUAGCCGAGAAAAAUCAUGGUCCGGUAAGAGUAACGGAAGAGUCGAUAUGAUCGAGGACUUACAGAAUAUCAGCUCGAAAACCCCAUAUAGCACUCGCUUAUAACAGCAUGUAUUUGUCUCUAUGAAUACGCAUUGGGCGAAAGGUAGCUAUUCAAAUGCUUAGUUGUACAUAUGUGUUUUACUUUAAUUACACAAUCGGUGCAUUGAAGAUAUUGCGUUUGGUGCCAAUUUCUACUUCAGCAUAACAACUGUUUAUAUAUUUACAUAUAGAUCUACAACGUUUCGUUCAAUAGAAAAUGACGUAGAUACACUGUAAAAUUUGAGUUGUUAGACAUUUCUCUUACAUCCACAGAUAUGCUUCAAAAACGAUUACCGGUGUGUCUAAUUGUGAAGUAGUGUGUCUACUUACUUCAUUCCGAUGAGUUGGCCGUCACGUACAUGAAACACUAUUUGCCCAAGGUUGCAUGCAUGGUUUAAAGUUUUAAAGUCUCUCAAGCAUGCUAGGUGUAUCGGUUAAGUUGUGAGUGUCGUCCAUUAGGAUCCCACACAGCACAUGGUACAAACGUGCGUAUUCAUUGUAAGCUUGAUUUUUGUGUAAUUGGUUCUUCUGUGAAACCAGAAGUACUAACCAGGUCGGCAUCAAACUGUACCCGCGCAAUCUUCUUACUACCUUUGGCAAAUAAACCUAGUGAACAUACUGCAAGAAGGAAACCAUUGUAGGAAAUCGGAGGAAUAAUUUUCAUAGAAGUCGUUACGAGUAGGUGUUUUACCAUGGAGUUAAUACUCAGUUUCGUAUCCAGUAGUGAUCCAGUAGAAAUAAAGGAAAUAAAAAGGACAUGUUCAACUUUUUCCUGAUAUAUUUCGCCACAAUAGGUGUUUUUAAAGUUUGUUUUUACAAUUGUUUUGUUAAUUAACAUAAAGAAAAUGUAGUCAAUUUGUAAAAGCACAAUUGAAAAAAGCCUAUUGAGGCGAAAUAUAACAAAAGUGAGUGAACAUAUAUUUGUCUAUGGCAUUUAUAUUGAGUCGUGCUCUGUGAAAAGGGUGUUUAAUGCAUGUGCGUAAAGUGUCGUCCCAGAAUAGCCUGGGCAGUUCGCACAAGCUAAUUAGGGAAGACACUUUCCGCCUCAACUAGAUUUUUGCAAACAAGAGACUUUCUGUAAACGAAAAAUACCAUAAAAGCGGAAAGUGUCGUCCCUGAUUAGCCUGUGCGGACUACACAAGCUAAUCUGGGACGACACUUUACGCACAUGUAUUAAACCCUUUUUCACAGCGCACGGCUUAUAUUUAAUUGUAUUCAUGUGUAUAAAAAGCGGUGUAUUCUACACUACAUUAAGUGUUAUGUUCUGCAAUUGUUGUCAAUUAGUAUAGUAUGCCAUUAUAGUUUUCGCAGAGAAUAAAUUUUAUUUGAUUUGAAGCGUGUUUUCUAAUUAUGAAGUAUGCUUGAUUUCAUCACCACAAUUGUGACAAUUAAUGCAUUCUUUCGCAUACGCUAAUGAACAUAUUAUUUUCCCAUUUCCGGUUAUAACACGAUGAAUUCUCACGCGGAAAAGAAAAAUCCUAUCAAAGCAUAUAUCCACCCACAUUGGAUACAUGUUAAAUCAGCCAUUAAAUAUAAAUAGAAUAAACGCAAAGCUGUUUCGAAUAUACUCAAAUAUUAUAUUCGGCAUUAUGAUGUUUCUUUCACUUAUAAGUCGCGUUGUGCAACCCUAGAUAUAAUUCCACAUGCGCCAAGCGUAGCUCCAGAACAGCCUGCGCAAUCGCACAGUCUGGUCAGGAGUUACCCUGGCCGCCAUAAAGACAUGCACGGUUUUGUGGUCUGGUUAGCGGACUGGGCAGUUGUUGUACAAACUGCUCGGUAUGCGCAGGCUGGUCAGGGGCUAUGAUGGCGCAUAUGCUCAAGAUGCAUUUUAUCACGAAGCGACUCAUUUGUGAACACAAGUAUAUAUGAUAUGUUUUAUAAUAGGCUCAUGUCUGCUAGUGGUACUUGUUUAAAUGUUUAUGUAAACUUUGUUAAGUACUUUGGUUUUGUAACAUGUUGUGCUGUGGAUUUUUAUUAAUUAUGUUAAAAAAUACUUAUUGGAAACAGUU